UGUUAUUCGUCUGAGUCCGUCAGUUCCUGAGUACAAAUCAGUUCUAGUCUGAACGUUGAUUAUUUCGAAACACGUCCAGAAAUCGGAAGCUGCUCAAAAAACAAUCUGGGAAUCGAUAUUCCGCAAAGAAGAUGCAUAGACAGCGUUCGCCUUUCACCGGCGGCACGGGAGGAUUCGGCGCCACUCCGUUUAACUUCAAUGCUCCACAGUUUGGCGAGGGUGCAGGUCAAGGGUUCAGCCACGUUACCGAUGGCCUCAAUGGAAUGCCUUUCAUGGGUCAGCCGACCAUUAAACCGAUGAUGCGUUCCAUUAGUCGCCAGCGUCAGUUGGCCGAAGACGGCAAUGGUCUGGAUUCCUUGCCGCCGAUUAUGCCCAUUAUGGCCCAGCGCCUCCUCAGCAGCAGCGGCGGUGUUGUGGGACGUGGUCAGGCCGGUAAAGCGCCCUUCGUCCCCACAGCGUUUGCUCCCUACGAGGGUGAUACACACUUGCUGAAGGAUUCACCCAAGCCAGGGUGCAAGUACAUGCCGGACCAGAGUGUGGAGUCACAGAAUCUGCUUCAGUCACUUCGCUCAGAGGGACAAACAGCCGCCAAGGAUACCGAUUCCGAAAGUGAUCAAUGCAUGCAGGGCGCAGACCUAGCACCCGAAUCCCGCUGGCACCGCAUCCUUGAUUGCGUGUUGGAAACUGUACCGGAGCAGCGGCGUCGUCGUUGGAAGGCUUCGCUCAUCCGCUACAGCCAGAGCGCCAUCGCCAGGCACAUGCUGAUCGUGCUGCAGAUGCUCGUCCUGCUGGCUCGUAGCGCACUCGUCCUGGCCGCGCCUAUAGGAAAAGCCAUGGGUCACUGGCGCUUUGGGAUUUGGCGCACCAAGUUCCAGCUGCGCAGCACAAUGCGCCAGAUGCUGUGGCGCAUGGCCAAUGCGAAGGCUAACGACACCGUGGUCUUUCUCAUCGUGGUGCUGGCCACGCCCUGGCUCUUCCUCGUCAGCCUGGUCGGCUUUUCCUUUUCACUUGCCUUCUCCUUAAAAAAGGGACUAACGGAGGGUGUGCGUCAGAUGCGCGUGCGACUGGCCUAGGGACCAGGUCAAUCACGGGGGGAGGAGGAGGAGGUACCUCAAGGACCAUCCAUAAUGAACCCCAAUAACACAACCGUACUUGAGCAACGGCUUUCCUGGAGACAAAACAACCUGAACAUCAUAUAUACUUAGUGUUGCAGCAACGACACAAACACAGGAAGAGCAAGGACACUUCAUUUUACUUAGCAAGACGUGAUAUCAACCAAGGAAGACUGUUCUUUGAGACUCCUUUUAAUGCUAUAGAAAAAUGCUGAAUAAAUUUCCAGUUUUUAUCUCACAGAAA